CUUUCUCGGAAAACUGUUUGUGACGUCACAUGAUCAUGGUUUUGCAUCCUUGUCUACUUUGUGUCAUGCGAAGGCAUACGUGGUCUUCAAUUUCUCAUUCCUAAAGUCAAAGAAAGCAAUAAAUCAUGUGGUAAGGGUUUUGAAAUAGCUUAUGGCUGAGCUACAAGACGAGAUUUCUUCGCUUUGUGACAGGAUACGCGAUUACAAGAUCGGAGACUUCGAGAAGUUUCAUGAUGCCAUCGAAGGCGAAAUGGAAGGUUGCUGUAUUAAUAUUGCGGUCUUUGGCAUGACUGGGUCAGGGAAAUCAGCUUUGAUUAACACAAUAUUCCAGUCAUUAGGGUAUCCAAAGGUUGCUGUUAUUCAAAGCACUGGGAAGGAAGGAACGAAGGUUUUGGAAAGCUUUGUUCUUCCCGGUAAACAAAUCACGCUUUUCGACACACGGGGAUUUUUCGAGAUGGAUUUCAAAGAAGAGGGCGAACUAUUUCGUAUCCUAAAUGGAAUUGAGCGACCAGGAGAUGACCUGAAACGAGAUGAGGAAAGCGCUCGAAAAGCAAAAGCCGCUGGCCAGGGUGCCCACAAGCUUGAAAAACCUCCGAUAACCGACCAAAUGCACGUCGUUCUUUGGGUUAUAAAAGCCAUUGACAUCAGAUUUGGAUUGGGUCAAUACAGAGAGAUCAUCAAGUAUGUUCAAGAUCAACUGCGGGAGACCAUAAUCACCAUUUUAACUGUCUUAACGUUCGACGACGAAGUCCAGAGGAAUCCAAACGCCGAUGAGGAAAGGAAGCGAUUGAAAGAAGCAGCUAUUAAAGUCACUGGUAGUGACAUGAGAAACGUGUUUAUGAUCGCCAACCCUUUACCGGGAAAAGAUCUUGAUCCAGUUUAUAAAGAGCGAGUCUUGGAGCUGAUGGAAAAAGCAUUAAAGUGCGGAGAGCGAUCCAUCAGGAUGCGACAAACUAAAAGGGAGAGUCCAAAGAAGCAAGUGCGGCAUUCAGAGUGUGUAGCUAGUAAUCUUAAGUACCCAACUCCAGUGGAGCACGAAGAUGAACCUCCAAUUGAUCGUAAAUACAAAUGCUUGCCGUAAGUCAAAUGUUAUUAUUGAGAGAUCUUCAUCAACUAUAAACUUUUCUUAUGUAAUUGUUGUCUUUAGACAAUAUAUCUAGAAUUAAGUAAGAGAGAAUUCAAAUCACGAAUAAAGCUGAGGGAUACAUAUGAUGCACGAUCCUCGCAAUAGAUAGCGCUAUUUAAGCAAUAGCGAAAAUCAGACCUGAAAAAAAUCAGG